GACAGUGUGGAAAAUAUUUAGUGGUGUUCAUUUCCGAUUGACCGAACGUCUUUGACGUGUAAAAUGUAAACCCCAUUUAUAGGACGCCAUAUUUGACUGACAAAUUAUUUCCAGAAAACAAAGUUUAUUUCUCUUGCAUUUAAAGCUUUGUUGACGGCUUGAUCAGAAACAUAGAACAUUUGAACACUUAAAAGAUGGCAGACGAUUUUGACGUGGAAGCUAUGUUGGAGGCUCCCUACAGGAAGGAGGAUGAUGGUCGUGGUGAUGCCUCCUCGGACAGAGACAAGAAGUCCUCUUCCUCCCGGAGGAGAAGUCGAGACAGAAGUCGUGAUAGGGAUAGAGAAAAGAGAAGGAGUCGGGACAAAGACAGAGAUAGGGAAAGAAGGAGAAGCAAAGAGAGACGACGUAGUAGGGACAAGGAGAGGAAAAGGAGUCGCAGCAAAGAUAAAAAGAGAAGCCGGAGCAAGGAAAGGCGCAGGAGUAAAGACCGUGAACGUGGAAAGCACAGGAGCAAGUCCCCAAGGAGACACAUUAGACGCAGCAUAAGCAAAAGUCCCGUCAGGGAACCUCCACAAGAUCUCACACCAGAAGAAAGGGAUGCAAGAACAGUGUUCUGUAUGCAGUUAUCUGCUAGGAUUAGACCUCGUGAUUUAGAAGAGUUCUUUUCUUCAGUCGGAGAGGUGAAAGACGUCCGACUGAUCACAGACAAUAAAACAAGAAGGUCAAAGGGUAUAGCAUAUAUAGAGUUCAAGGACACUGAAUCUGUUCCACUUGCCAUGGGUUUAACUAAUCAGAAACUCCUAGGUGUGCCAAUUAUAGUCCAAGCAUCUCAGGCAGAAAAGAACAGAACGCCUAUGCCUACAAAUAUUAUAACAAAGAAUCAACAGACUGGUCCUAUGAGACUGUAUGUAGGUUCAUUACAUUUCAACAUUACAGAGGAUAUGCUCCGGGGAAUAUUUGAACCGUUUGGAAAGAUAGAGGACAUUAAGCUGAUAAGGGAUCAUGAGACUGGAAAAUCUCAUGGCUAUGGAUUUAUUACAUAUAAAAGUGCAGAAGAUGCCAAAAAAGCGUUGGAACAGUUGAAUGGCUUCGAGCUGGCUGGAAGACCGAUGAAGGUUGGGAAUGUAACAGAGAGACAGAUGGAUGUACAGACAGGUGGACAGCUUGAUAAUGAUGAGUUAGACAGGGCAGGAAUAGAUCUAGGCGCCACAGGCAGACUUCAGCUGAUGGCCAAGUUGGCAGAAGGAACAGGAUUUGAGAUCCCAGAUUACGCCAAAAACUCACUACAGAUGCAAGGCAUGCCAGCCACAGGUCCGGCUGCCCCAGCAGUAAAACCUCAGGUACCUGCUGCCACAACUCAAGCCCCACCAAUAGCAACACAGUGUUUCAUGCUUUCAAACAUGUUUGAUCCAACAAUUGAAUCAAAAACAAGUUGGGAUCAGGAAAUCCGUGAUGAUGUGAUAGAAGAGUGUAGUAAACAUGGCGGAGUAUUACACAUCUUUGUGGAUAAGGCUUCAACGCAGGGAAAUGUUUAUGUAAAAUGUCCAACAAUAGCAGCAGCUGUGGCAUCGGUGAAUUCAUUACAUGGUCGCUAUUUUGGAGGUAAGAUUAUAACUGCAGCAUAUGUGCCACUACCCAAUUACCACCAGCUGUUCCCAGAGGCUCAGCGAGCUACUCAAUUACUUCUCCCCUCAACUCAGACACUCAGUAUCGGAGGUUUUGCGCCACAAACUUCAUUAUUUAAUGGCGGUCUAGUCAGAUGAAACUUCAUGGUCUCUGCCUGUACCAUGUAAUACCCAGUAGUUGUGAGCUUGCAAAAUAGUUUGCCACAUGCAUUUGUUAUAAGAAUUACAUAACAUAAUGAAAUGACCUGUCAUGGUUUAUUGUAAAAAAAACAAACAAAAACAACUUGCAUGUUGAAAAGCUGAGACACUAGCGCAAUACAAUGUAUAUUAUUAAGAAAGACUGAUAGUGUUUUAAACUAUUGUAGAGACUUUCUUGUUAAUGAAUUAACAUACAUGUAUUUAUGGAGUUUAAUAAAUAGGUAAUACAGAAUAGCAAAAAGAGCAAAUUUAGAAAUGUUUAUUUAGUCUCGAUUUAUACACAAAUGUAAGAAAUGCCCCGGUUUUGACAUGACAAAGGGUAGGUUAGCUUCUUAAUUGAUAAUUGUAUAUUAUUUCAAUCGUAGUCAUUUAAUUUUUACAAUUUGUUAAAUGGCAGAAUGAAAGUGUGUUAAGUAUUUUAAAAAAACUUUCUUUUUGUUUCCUUGUGUGAAUUAGGAACAGUGACUGAACAUGUCAAAACAAAUGUUUAAUUUUAAGAAAAACACACACAAAAAAGCAAUUGUUGAUUUAAAAAAAAGACAUUAAAAUACAAGUCAUUGAUGGUUUCUUUUUUAAUGGGAGUAACAUUUUAUUUAUGGACUUGCUCUGGAACAUCAAUAUGACACGUCGACAUUUGUUCAAGUGAUUAGAAUUUGAUAUACAAAUUGACAUUUUGUUUGUGAAAUAUUCAAUACAUAAGAGGUGCUGUAUUGUUAGAUUUCAUUUUGGUAUAUGUGUCCACCAUUUGAGAUAGUUUUUUUUAUGAAAACUAUGUUUUACCUGUGAGAAAAUUCUUUGUAUAGUCUUUUUAAUGACACAAGUUUAAUAUUAUAAAUAAAGACAUCUCGGCAUGAACCUUUUUAUCCAAAAUAAAAUUUUUAUCCUGAUUUUCGAAGUUAUAGUAAUUGAUUUGUGGAUACAAAUUUCUGUAGACUCCACUUACAAUUUAACAAUUUUGGAAUUUAUUCACAUUAUGAAUAACAGAUUUGUAUUAAAGAAUACGAAGUUUCCAGGUACUAAAAUAACUAUUUUAAAUGGUUAUCAUUUUGUGUCAUGAAGAGUUGAUAAAAAACAAUUUGCUAAUAGCACAGUAUUUCAUUCAUUUGAAUUCUUGUUUUAAAUUGUAUAUUUGGAAAAGAUAUCAUCCUUUUAAAAUCCUCAUACUUCAUCAUUGAUAUUUCAUUUAUUGUUGACAGAUAUGAAAAUUAUUGUUACUAUUUGUCUAUGAAUAAAACUUUUCACAGACA